UUUAGCAAAACCCAAAUUCUUACACUAUAGAUACCAAGAUUAUUGAUGGUGUAAGAAUUUGGAUUUUGCUAAAUAUCUUUGAAAAAGCAUUGCAAUGCAAUUUUUACUGCGAUGGGUAAUUGAUAAUUUUGUCAACUAUGGUACCCUACAGGAUAGUCGCCAUGAUCUUCCAGCUCGGAUCUCCCAAAUGGAAAAAGUAACAGACAAAGUGGAAAAACAUUUAAAAAAUCAUCCAACGUCCAAUUCAAUACGCAAGACGGCUGCGAAGUUAGAAUUUAACAGAGAGACCCUACGUUUGAUAAUUAAACAUUUCCUCAAACUUCAUCCUCAUAAAAUUACUUCCCACGAAUUUUUUACGCAAGCUGCUAUAGGGAAACAACUUGAAUUCAGCAAAGUUUUGACGCAAAUGUUUGAAAUUGCUGAAAUCGAAGCCAAUCGAAUUAUUGUCUUGGAUGAAGCUUAUUUCUACCUUAAUGGCAACGUGAAUAAACAAAAUUAUCGAUUUUGGAGGCGUGAAAAUCCACAUUCAUCAGUAGCAAAACCGCUCCACCCUACUAAAGUUACAGUUUGGGCAGCUCUGUCGAUCAAACAAAUUCAUGUGGAAAUCUGGGACGGGACAAUUACAGGGGAGAGUUACCUAGAGAUGUUGGAAACCAAAUUUUUCCCAUUCGCUAAGAAAAAAGGAUUGGUGAAAGAUUUCUAUUUUAUGCAAGACGGUGCAACACCUCAUCGAACUAAUGAUGUGUUUGCUGCAUUGCACAAAGUAUACGGUGAUCGCGUCAUCGGCUUAGGGUAUCCUCACUUCGCCCGAGCAGGGAUGGAAUGGCCACCAUACUCACCGGAUUUGAACCCGUGUGAUUUCUUCUUGUGGGGUUAUCUCAAAAACUUCUGUUCCGCGGACCAUCCUCAGGCAAAAGAGGCUCUGAUAAGCGCUAGCCAGAAAGGUGUUUCUAAUAUUUCUCAAGCUAAAAUUGAAGAAGUCUUCCAUAGUUUUCAGAAACGCCUUGACUAUUCUGAUGGAGAACACUUCAAGAGUAUUUACCAUUAG